UAUCCGUAUUUGUAACGUUUCCUGUUUUAUAUAUACCCUUUUUGUGUUCUCUGUAUAUAUAUGACUCUAUCAUUGUGAACCAAAAAAAGGGAGAAACUAUGUCAGAAAGCUUCUCUCCCAUCUCUCUCGUUUAGAUCUCUGAAGUGCUGUUGUUUUCUCGGAGUUUACAAAACCUGAGCUUUGCACUCCAGGAGAUUGAUUUUCUACAAACACAACCCAGAUGGCGUCUCAGGUCUUGGUGGAGGAGAAGUCAUGUGUCAGAAUAUUCACACUAAGCAGACCCCAGCAAUUGAAUGCUCUUUCCUUCCCCAUGCUUUCUCGGCUGCUGGAAUUGUUCCUUGCAUUUGAAGAGGACCCUAACGUGAAACUCGUCAUCCUCAAGGGACAAGGAAGAGCGUUUUGUUCAGGCGGCGAUGUUGCAGCUGGUUUUCCCGAUAUUAGACGGGGGGGUCACUGGAGGCCAGUUGCAGAUUUCAUGUAUAAGCUAUACGUAACGAGUUAUGUCAUAGCAACAAAUAGCAAACCACAGAUCUCGAUUCUAAAUGGUAUUGUCAUGGGAGGUGGCGUUGGCAUCUCGGUACAUGGUAGAUUUCGUAUCGUGACUGAGAACACGGUCUUUUCCAUGCCCGAGACUUUUCUUGGACACUUUCCAGAUGUGGGUGCCUCAUACUUCUUGUCAAGGCUCCCUGGAUCUUUUGGAGAGUAUAUUGGCCUGACAGGGACAAAGCUAGAUGGCGCCGAGACGCUUGCCUGUGGACUCGCGACCCAUUUCGUCCCUUCAUCUAGAUUAGAUGCAUUAGAAGCAGAUCUUUGCAGGGCAAGUGCAACAGAUGCAGCCUCCAUUUCAGAAAUUAUCAACGCAUAUUCUCAGAAGCCCUGUCUGAAAGAAUCGAGUGCUUACCACCGGUUGGAAGUCAUCGACAAAUGUUUUUCGAGACAAACCGUCGAAGAAAUUUUAUAUUCACUUGAGAGGGAGGCUGCUCGUGAAGCAGAUGAUUGGGUCUCGACCGCAGUUCUUGCACUGAAGAAGGCCUCUCCGACAGGCCUUAAGAUUGCUCUUAGAUCUAUAAGAGAAGGGCGGAUGCAAGGGGUUGGGCAGUGCCUUAUCCGCGAGUUUAGGAUGAUUUGUCAUGUAGUUAAGGGAGAUAUCAGCAAGGAUCAUUUCGAGGGGAUAAGGGCAAUAUUGAUAGAUAAGGAUAAGAACCCCAAGUGGAACCCGUCGAGACUGGAGGACGUGACAGAGAGCAUGGUCGAGCAUUACUUCCAGGCAGUGACGGAGGAUGGAUGGACGGAUUUAAAGCUUCCACCGCGACCUAACUUGCCCGCUUCAUCAACCUCAAAGCUGUGA